CCGUCUCUGAGAGUCCUGUUUCUAAGCGGCGAGUUCCGAAGUAUCACAAUCGGGGCUACCGAGGAAGGUUCCGUGCUCACCGGUGUAAUAUGGCGCUGGCAGUUUUUAGCCCCGGGUUUCGGGAGACAUUUUCCCCCCUGAGUUCCGGAGAGAUGGAAACUGAGUUGACGGAGCAUGGCAGAGGGAUUUGGGAAGCUCCCAGCCCUGACAACGGUGGCGACUCUAGGGAUUCCCUCAGUGACAGUGAGAGCGAGCAGGAAGAACCCGCGAUGGCGCAGGCAUUCGAUGGAGUGUUACGGGAAGAGGCAGUCUCUGAAGGAUUGUCCAGAUUGGGCCGGUCUGCUGUUGGCACAGAGUAUGUGUACCUGGACUUAAUGCUGUCUAAACGCCAUUUAACAGACAUUGGAAUCCUUUGUGGAUAUGUUCACCUGCAGAAGAUGGACAUCUCCUGUAAUGGGAUUACUGAUUUGUCCUGCGUCAGUUAUAUGCCAUACCUGACUGAGCUCAAUGCCUCCAACAACAACCUGAGCACGUUCUUUGACUUUGUACCACCUAAAAAUCUCAAGGUUGUGGACCUCUCAUUCAAUCAGAUAUCAGGCAUGACGGACUUAUCUGCACAUAAAAUGUUGACAAAGCUCAUAAUAAACAAUAAUAAUAUACAGGAGAUCAGUGGCUUGGAAAAGUGUAGCAGUCUCUCACAUCUAAACCUGGCUCACAACAGAAUCCAAAGUAUUGGCGGAUUAGGAAAUUUACCAAUCAGAACACUCCUUCUGAGCUCCAACAGGAUUAGGAAUAUCACUGGUUUAGAAAAUCUGAAAACUUUACAAACACUGGACUUGUCAUGUAAUCAGAUCUCCAGCCUGGAAGGUCUAGAGGGCUUGGACUUCCUCCAGAUCCUCAACCUGGAGGAUAAUGAAAUAUGCCAGAUUAGCGAAAUUGCUUAUCUUGAAGAACUGCCACUACUUCACGUGCUAAACCUGUUAAAUAAUCCAAUUCAAGAACAAGCAGAAUACUGGCUAUCUGUGCUUUUUAUGCUACAGAGGUUAACCGAACUGGAUCUGAAGAAGAUUAAGAUUGAAGAAAAGGUAGCCGCAGUGAAUAAGUACGAGCCUCCUCCGGAAGUGAUCGCAGCGCGAGAUCACAUGGCCAACGUUAUGUACAGCAUGAUACAACUACAGAAGGUUUUUGACAGUACACUGCCCAACCUGGAUACUCCAUACCCCAUGUUAGUUCUAACUGGACCCCAGUCAUGUGGGAAAAGAGAACUGGCACAUAGAAUGUGCCGGGAAUUCAAAGAGUUCUUUCGAUACGGGCCGUGUCACACUACCAGGAAUCCUUAUUUUGGUGAAGAGAAACGAUUUGAUUAUCAUUUUGUCACACCAGAAGUCUUUGAAGAUAUGACCUGCUCGGGGCAAUUCCUCCUAACUAUGAAGUACAGCGGCCACUACUACGGGCUGAGCAGGGAGGCUGUUGAAUCGGUGGCAGGAGAAGGCCUUGCCUGUUGCACUCACAUGGAAAUAGAGGGUGUAAGGAGUUUGAAAAAUUGCUACUUUGAGCCACGCUAUAUCUUGCUCCUACCCAUGAAUAAGGAGAAAUAUGAAGGGUGGCUGAGGAGGAAAGGGAUAUUCACCAGACCGGAGAUAGACACCGCUGUGUCCAGAGUGGAUAUGUACGUCAAAAUACACCAGGACUGCCCAGGCUAUUUCGAUGAUGUGAUUAAUACAGAUGACCUGGACGAAGCUUACACUAAAUUAAGACAGCUAGUUAAGGAAUACCUGGGUCUGACAGAGCCUGCACAGUCAUCUUGCAGCAUGCCGAAAUCAGGAGCAGAUUCAGGGAAAUCAUUGACUGGAUCCUCACCAAAUGGACCAAGUAAACUAUCUCCAAAUCAAGCUACCUGUGAAUUUCUAGAUUCGGCUACCAGGAAUUACUCAGAGAGAGUCUCCACAAAAGUAUCGUCGAAAACACCAGCAGAAGAAGCCUCUGUCCAAAGACGUCAGCUGGCAGCCCGACAGGCGUUAGCAGGGAGGACCCCGGGGACAUAUACACAGUUGUUCCAAAGAGGUCCAUUGACGGCUCCAGCUACCUUGGGCACACACCGUCGUCUUCUAGACCCAUCCUCAUGCACGUUGAUGAUUCAGAGCGGAAGUAAUGUGACUGCAGACUGCAGCCUACCUCUGGGCAGCGCUGAUACCAGCUCAAGAGACUCUCGUCCCAGCUCUGGGUUAUCCUUAUUAUCUUCAGCUGGAGCAUUCUCUGCCAGGCGAUCUUCAUCUCAGCCGACCCCUGUUAUUAAUAUUCAGUCUCCUCAAGAGGAGAAAAUAGAACCUUUGGAUUUAUCUGACCUUGGGCAGCAACCAGACCAGCAGAGUGCGGGAAACACACCAACCACCCCCCGCCUGUCUUCUUCUGCACGUUCCAAUCAAGGAGCAUCAAAGUCCAAGUCCUCAUCAUCUCCCCGUCUGUCCAACCGCAGAAGCCGCCCAGGAUCAAACAGCAAGCCUGUUCUCCCUCCUAUUCCAUCUGGACAAAAGAAAUCUUCAACAUAAUACACUGAUAUAGGCAUAGAUUAAGAACUCAACAAAUAAAGCAUUUUAAAGGACAUUUCACAGAAUUUACAGCUACAUUCUAGAUUCAUAUAGUCAGUUUUCUGCUGUCCUGUACUUGCCCCCUCAUGGGCUUAAAUAACUAUCGUAAUAAUAUGAGCAAUGUCUGCAAAAGUGAAAAUACGAAAGAUAAAAAGAAUAAUUUACAUUACCUCGAAAAUUCGUUCACUUUCUACUGAUCACUUUAAUAACAUGUCUUCUCUUCUCCAGAAACAUAUCAGCUGCACUAGUUCUAGAACAUGUAACUAUAUUAUAGAGUGUUGUCUAUAUUUUCAAAAUAUAAACAUCUACAUGCACUUGUAAAGAAAAUAUUAAAUAUAUUUUAUCAAAGGCUACAGCCUGGCUUCUU